CACACUUUUCUCUCUUAACCGUUCACUAAUUCAACUCUAUGUUUCCCAUUUCUCGCCCCCUAAAUAGCUAAGCUUUAUCUAAAUUGGAAUUUCAAACUCACUAUAUUAUACCCCUUAAUCUUCUUUUGUUUUUACAAUUUAGAUACAAAAAAACAAUUAAAAAAAUUAUAUUACUGCCAUGGCUGCCGAUCUCUCAGUAGUCCUACCUCGUGUCCUCAUCGUCUCUAGACGUACCGUUCGCAAAAACAAGUUCGUCGAUUUUGUUGGAGAAUAUCAUCUUGAUCUUAUAGUAAGUUAUGGAGCUGUACCUGUCAUUGUACCUCGAGUUUCAGGGGUUCAUAUGUUAUUAGACAGUUUUGAACCAAUUCACGGUGUUCUUCUCUGUGAAGGAGAAGACAUAGACCCUUCUCUAUACAAUGAUGAACUCUCUGAUCUUUCACCUGAUGAAUUAGAAGAAAUCAGGAGAUUACACGCUAGUGAUACUGCAAUUGACAAAGAAAAAGACACAAUUGAACUCAGAUUAGCUAAGCUUUGUCUAGAAAGGAACAUACCUUAUUUGGGUAUAUGCAGAGGUUCACAGGUACUAAAUGUUGCAUGUGGGGGCACCCUUUUACAAGAUAUUGGCAAAGAAAUAUCAAUAAACCUCCCUGAAAAUCAGAGGGUAAGUCACAUGGAUUAUGAUAAUUAUGAUGGUCAUAGGCAUGUGAUCAACGUUGUCGCGCAAACGCCGUUGCACCAUUGGUUUAAGGAUUCUUUAGAAGAUGAAAAAAUGGAAAUUUCAGUCAAUAGUUAUCACCAUCAAGGAGUUAAAAAAUUGGCUCAGAGGUUUGUUCCUAUGGCAUUUGCACCUGAUGGUUUAAUUGAAGGAUUUUAUGAUCCAGAUGCUUAUAAUGCUACAGAAGGUAAGUUUAUCAUGGGACUUCAAUUUCAUCCUGAACGAAUGAGGCAAUCAGAUACUGAUGAAUUUGAUUAUCCUGGAUGUACAUUUGCUUAUCAGGAGUUUGUAAAGGCUGUAGUUGCUUAUCAAAAGAAGCUAAUUAGCAACUCAACCAGAAUCCAAAAACCGUUGAAGCUUAAUCAAGAAAUGGAGAAGAGGAGGAAAAUUAUAGUCAGAAGUUUUUCCCUUGCGAGAGAUAUAUAUGAAAGAGGUCGAACCAUGCAGCCAUCUAAAACUGCUGACCUAGAUGCAGGAGCAGAAUUCCUUGAGGUAGGACAUAAUUCUCAGCAGCCAAAGUUAUGCAUUACUAAAGGCAGAUUUAGGACGGGUUUUGUGGGUUCAACUAAACUUACGGACUCUUAUCACAUAAAUUCACAUGUAUAUCAAAACUUGAUUAUGUCAAUUUUGCAGUCUAAUACAGCAUUGAGUUUGGCACAAGAGGCAAGGUUAAUGCAAAUGGGAGCAACAGUAAGGAAUGCAUCAUCCUAUUUGGAAAAACUGAAGAUGAAUGAAGAGAAAGAGGCAUUGGCGAGGAAAGUAAUGGGGAAAAUGUCAAUGGAGCAACUAUCUGAUCUCAAGUCAUUUUACCAUAUGAUGGGACAGAUUUGUUCAGAAGUUUUGGAGAAAAAACUCCAAGGAAUUGUUAAUGAAGUUGCCUUUUGAGAUCUAUAUGCACGAGUUCUCCUUUUUAAA